AUGUUCAGUCAAUUCGGCGCCACCGCCGAUAAUCUAAGCAAGGCGUCGGCAGUCGUGUUCCGGAUCGGCACCGACGCCCACCUCUACGACGACCCCGAGGAUGUCAGCAUCGCUCCUCUCCUCGACAGCAAGUUCGACUCCGAGAAGUGCGAAGCUCUCAAACGCCUCCUCGCUCUCAUCGCCCAAGGCUUCGACGUCUCCAAUUUCUUCCCUCAGGUUGUUAAGAACGUAGCGACUCAGUCGCUGGAAGUGAAGAAGCUGGUGUACUUGUACCUGUUGCAUUAUGCUCACAAGCGUCCGAAUGAGGCGUUGCUGUCGAUUAAUUGCUUCCAGAAGGAUCUAGGGGAUCCGAACCCGUUGGUGAGGGCAUGGGCGCUGCGAGCCAUGGCCGGGAUCCGGCUGCAUGUUAUUGCGCCUUUGGUUAUGGUUGCUGUGGGGAAAUGUGCUAGAGAUCCGUCUGUGUAUGUUCGGAAAUGCGCUGCUAAUGCACUUCCUAAGCUGCAUGAUUUGCGGCUCGAUGAGUAUACUGCCAGUAUUGAAGAGGUUAUUGGAAUACUGUUGAAUGACCAUUCCCCUUGUGUUGUUGGAGCUGCUGCAGCUGCCUUCUCUUCAAUUUGUCCAAAUAAUAUGUCUUUGAUUGGAAGAAACUAUCACAGGCUAUGCGAGAUUCUUCCUGAUGUCGAAGAAUGGGGUCAAAUAGUUUUAAUUGGGAUCCUUCUGCGCUAUGUAAUUGCAAGGCAUGGGUUUGUGCAGGAAUCCAUUAUGGCUUCUUUGCAUCAUACAGAGAAUUGUAAAUCUCAGAAGGAUUUCUGCGACACCAAUUCUGUAUUAGAAGACAAUGGUGCCAUGAGUGGUCUUCAUGAGUCUGAAUUGGCAAAUGUUGUCUUUCGAUGUUAUAUUGAAGGGCCAGAUGAAUAUUUAUCACGAGUGGGUUUCAUGAAUAAAGAUUCCUCUGAAUUCAAUCCACGUGUUACAUCUGGAAACAAUAAUGAGGAUAUGACGUUCCUGCUGCGAUGUACCUCACCAUUGUUAUGGAGCAAUAAUAGUGCAGUUGUACUAGCAGCUGCUGGUGUUCACUGGAUUAUGUCACCGAUAGAGGAAGUAAAAAGAAUUGUUAAACCACUCUUGUUCGUCCAAAGAUCAUCUACUGCCUCAAAAUAUGUGGUUUUGUGCAACAUUCAAGUCUUUGCUAAAGCAAUUCCUUCACUCUUCUCUCCAUACUUUGAAGAUUUCUUCAUAUGCUCAUCAGAUUCGUAUCAAAUUAAAGCCUUGAAACUUGAUAUACUGGCUCACAUCGUUACAGAUUCAUCAAUUCCAUUUGUUCUCAAAGAGUUUCAGGAUUAUAUUAGAGAUCCAGACAGGAGAUUUGCUGCUGACACUGUUGCUGGAAUUGGUAUCUGUGCACAACGACUUCCAAAUAUGGCAAACACAUGCUUGGAAUUUCUAUUGGCUUUGACCAGACAGCAAGUUAUGACUGGGGAAUUUGGGUCUGUGGAGGGAGAAGCAAAUAUUUUGAUUCAAGCAAUUAUAUCAAUUAAAUCAAUCGUUCAGCAAGAUCCACCCAGUUAUGAAAAGGUAAUUAUUCAGUUGGUUCGCAGUCUGAAUUCAGUAAAGGUGCCCGCAGCUCGUGCAAUGAUUGUUUGGAUGGUGGGGGAGUAUAACUCUUUAGGCGAUAUGAUUCCAAGGAUGGUAACUACAGUACUCAAGUAUCUUGCAAGGUGCUUUACUUCAGAAGAGUUGGAGACAAAGCUUCAAAUUUGUAAUACUACUGUUAAGGUUUUAUUGCAUGCUGAAGGGAAUGAUCAGUCAACUAUCCAAAAAGUUUUGAGCUAUGUGCUGGAACUGGCCAAGUAUGACUUAUGCUACGAUGUUCGUGACCGUGCUUAUUUCCUAAAGAAUCUUUUGUCAUCUUAUCUGGAUUCUCAAGGUCUGAAGGAGGAAAACAAUAAUCUGUCACAAGAUAAAGAUAUUCCGUGUGUCCUUGCAAAAUACUUGUUUGGAGGACAAACAAAAUCAAAUUCAUCUGAGCCCAUUGAUCACCGGUUUUAUCUUCCUGGCUCUUUAUCACAAAUAGUACUUCAUGCUGCUCCAGGGUAUGAACCUCUUCCGAAGCCCUGUACUAUGCUCUCUGAUGGCCUCAAAAAUGAAUUUGGGGAGGGAGUCACUAGUGAAACAUCUGUUACAGAUGAUCAGAAUUCAGUCUCUGAGUCUUUGGAUGAGGAGAAUUCCUCUACUUAUAGUUCACACCAUUCUGAUGCCAGUGGCAGUGGUGACAGUGAAGAGGAUGCUUCAGCAAGUGAAGAUGACAAUUCUAAUCCGUUGAUUCAAUUAGCAGAUGCUGGCAAUGCGCAUGAAGUGAAAAAUGGAGCUUCUCAAUCUGCUUCUGAUUUUGGGGAAUUGUUGUCAAAGAGAGCUCUGGAAUCAUGGUUGGACGAACAGCCUGGUUUUUCGAGCUCAAAUAAUCCAGAACAAAGUCAAGUCAAUAGAUCUUCGGCUAGAAUCUCCAUUGGGGAUGUCGGAGGACAAGUUAAACCUAAAAGCUAUUCACUUUUGGACACUGUGAAUGGAAAUGGCUUAAAGGUUGACUACUCAUUUUCAUCUGAGAUUUCAGACAUCUCUCCUCUUUUUAUAUGUAUAGAAGCUUCCUUCAAGAAUUGUUCAAACGAGAUCAUGUCUGAUAUAAAUUUGGUUGACGAGGAAUCUGACAAAGGCACAAACUCUGGAGACCAGGCUUCGGUUACACAUGAAAGCUCCAUGAUAUCUCAAAAUAAUGCGUCAAAUCUAGCUUCUGUAGAAGAGAUCACUUCUCUGGAAUCUGGUCAGACAAUGACAAGAGUCAUCCAAGUUCGCUUCCAUCACCACCUCUUGCCUCUAAAACUCACCUUAUAUUGCAAUGGCAAGAGGCAUCCUGUUAAGUUGAGGCCUGACAUCGGAUACUUUGUGAGAGCUCUUCCUUUGGAUGUUGAUGCCUUCACAAUUAAGGAGUCACAUCUGCGAGGAAUGUUUGAAUGCACAAGAAGGUGCAAUUUCGUAGAUCACGUCGAGGAUUUAGGCAAGGACAAGGCUGACAAUGCUUUGGUAGAAGACAAAUUUCUUGUAAUCUGCCGAAGUCUUGCAUUGAAGAUGCUUAGCAAUGCGAAUCUCUAUCUUGUAUCUGUUGACAUGCCGGUUGCAGCAAAACUUGAUGAUGCAACAGGUUUGUGCUUACGCUUCAGCAGCAAGCUCUUGAGCAGCUCAGUUCCCUGCUUAAUUACCAUUACAGUUGAAGGUAGAUGUUCUGAACCACUGGAACUGACAGUCAAAGUGAACUGUGAAGAAACUGUCUUCGGGUUAAAUCUGUUGAACAGAAUUGUGAAUUUCUUGGUUGAGCCCUCUCACUCCCACGUGUGAUUGGUAGGGAUGUUGAAAACAAAUCAGAUUUCAAGAGGAAAUAGAAAAAUACAUUGUGUUACAGAUUUCUUUACGUGUUGUAUUUGUUAAUGCAGUUUUCGUACAGUGGGCAAAAGCAUUACAACCGUACUUUUUCAGGAAAGUGUCUCAAGUAUGCUCAGUCUUUGCGCUAGAAAGUCUGGUUUCUUUCUUCUAC